AAUGUCGGUCAGAGCAACUGUGGUAAAACGGACAAUCAGCGGAGGGAAAGGAAAAAUCUCUGAAUACUGCGAUGGAACUAAAGCAGUUUUCCACUACCAGGCAUUGUUCCCAAUCGAAAAACAUGAAAAAGGACAACCACUUUCUCUAGAAAAAGAUGCAUUCAAAAGUAUCGAUGAUACUCGUAAACCAUGGCCACAUGGGUACGGUAAACCAUUAGAAAUCGUUUUUGGAAAGAAGUUUCAACUGCCUGUAUUCGAACAAUGUCUGAAAACGAUGCUCGUGGAUGAGAUCUCACAAUUUGAUGUCGAAUGUAUUGAUUUAGUACAGUAUCCAUUUGUAUCGAAAAAGUUACGAGAUCUUGUGAAACCAUGUGAUGGGAAACACAGUCAUGCACACACAACUCACAUGUGCGCAGCUAGUAUAGCUCAAGGAACUGGAUAUGAAGAACUCGACGAAUUGAUGAAAAAUCCACGACCUCUUCGAUUUGUAUUUCAUCUUCUUCAAGUCUUUGAACCAGAUCAAUAUGUACAUGAUUCGUGGCAAUUAGAUGAAGAUGAUAAACUGAAAUCUGUUGAAGCUCUUCGACAAAAAGGAAAUGAACUAUUUGUACAAAAAGAUUAUAAAGAAGCCAUUGAUGCGUAUCGAGAUGCUCUUACUCGACUGGAUACUUUAAUUCUUCGUGAAAAGCCAGGAGAACCAGAAUGGGUUGAACUUGAUAGAAAGAAUAUUCCCUUGUACGCAAACAUGUCCCAAUGUUACUUGAAUAUUGGAGAUCUUCACGAAGCCGAAGAAACCUCAAGUGAAGUUCUUAAACGUGAAGAAACGAACGAAAAAGCAUUGUUCCGUCGAGCCAAAGCGAGAAUUGCUGCGUGGAAGUUGGACGAGGCAGAAGAAGACCUCAAACUGCUGCUGCGCAACCACCCAGCUGCUGCAAGUGUCGUUGCUCGGGAAAUGAAAAUUGUGACAGAACGGAGAGCCGAAAAGAAGGCUGACUCUCGUGUCACUUAUUCGAAAAUGUUUCAGCCAUAAUUUAUAUGAUUCUUCUUGACGUAUUUUUUAUAUCUAUUUAAUUCUUGUACUAUAUCGUAUUUCUAUAACAUCUAUGUACAUUCCAAAAUCAACUUCUCAUGUAUUAAAAUAUCAACAGAAUUUCUACAUAUAAAGCAUGUACUUUC